AUUAUUGUGAAAUGAAAACAAAGCUUUUGCAACUAAAGCACGAAGCAUAUAAACCAAUCGCGUCGAAAUAUUACUUUCAGUUAACAUCAAACUUUUGGUAGCAAACAAACAAUGGAACACCAACGAAACAUACCAGAGUCUCCGGAAUGGUUAGACCAGCACUUGUUUGUAGAAUUUCUAAAACAAGAUAUUCCGAAUUUUAAGAACAUUGACCAAUUUGUUAUUGAAGAAACUUGCGCCAAAGGCGAAAACUUCACCACUUUGGUACUGCGCGUAAAGUUUGUUGUAAAUAUUGAAGAUGAUAGCCAAGUAUCUGCAUCAUACAUUGUUAAGCUACUGCCAACAACUCUGAGUACCCGGGAUAUGAUUGCCAGCUGGAAGGUUUUGAUAAGGAGAAGCUUUCAUAUAGCCAGUAUGUGCUACAUUUUGAGGAAAUGUAUGCAAAGGCCAAUAAAAAAUUAGUUUUGGCGCCAAGUA